GCUCUGGCAACCGCCCUGAAGCGAAAGCGCGACUACGACGAGGUGCCAAUCGUGGACCUGCCGCUCAGCAGGGAGGUGCUCGAGGACGUGAGGACGGUGAUGGAGCAGGACCUCUGGGACGACCGGCCGUGUGGCGUGGACUGGCUGAAGGAGUGGCUGGCGGACGGAGAGGACUGGGCGCGUCUCCUCGAGGAGCCCGGGGCCGACGUGCCCGAGGGCCCCCACACCUGCAGGAUCUGUUGGAAGGCCUUCAGGUCGGACGCGGAGCUCCAGAGGCACUUGGGCGACAAGGCCCACAGGAAGCGCCAGCGCACGUGGACGUGGCGGUACGGGGACUCCGACGCGCUG